AUGUCUGUUGUUUCGUUAUUGGGCGUUAAGGUCCUGAACAAUCCUGCCCCAUUCACGGCGCCAUACGAGUUUGAGAUCACGUUCGAGUGUCUCGAGCAAUUACGAGAAGACCUUGAGUGGAAAUUGACCUAUGUCGGCUCUGCAACCUCCUCCGAACACGACCAAGAGCUCGACUCCCUCCUCGUUGGCCCCAUCCCAAUCGGCGUCAACAAAUUCAUCUUCGAGGCCGAUCCACCCAGUCUAGCUCGUCUCCCCUCCUCCGAAAUCCUGGGCGUCACCGUCAUCCUCCUAACCUGCUCCUACGACACCCGCGAAUUUGUCCGUGUCGGAUACUACGUCAACAACGAAUAUGACAGUGAGGAGCUGAAUGCCGAACCUCCAGCCAAGCCCAUCAUCGAAAGAGUUAGAAGAAAUGUUCUGGCUGAGAAACCGAGAGUUACGAGAUUUGCGAUCAAGUGGGAUUCCGAAGACUCCGCACCAGCCGAAUACCCACCCGAACAGCCCGAAGCCGAUGUGCUAGACGACGACGGAGCCGCCUACGGCGCCGAGGAAGCCGAACUUCAAGCCGCGCUCGAACGAGAUCUCGAAGAAACGGAGGCUAAACUUGCUACCGUAAAAGCAGCACCAACAACCACCACAGACGGCGACGCCGAGAUGGCAGGCACCGAUCAGAUGGAGGUGGAGCCUGCCAGCCGAGCCGACGAUGAGGCUAGCGAAGCCGGAAGCGAAGAUCUCGAGGCAGAUAGUAGUGGUAGUGAGGAUGAAGAUGAGGAGGAAGAGGGCGAAGGAGAGGGGGAAGUCGAGGGUGGUGACGGGGAUGAGGAUAUGGAGAUGGGCGAUGGAGAGGUUGAGGGUAAGAGUGCUGAGGAAGGGGCUGGUACAACGAAUGGCGAGCAGAAACAGCCGAUUCAGCAAUCUGGGCAUGCGGAGGUAAUGGUGCAUUAA